CAUGAAGAUCUCUUCCUUUUCACCCCUUAUUAUUCUUUGUCCUUGGCCUCAAACUCACUCAUUGCUUGCACGCUUACUGAACCAUUUAACUAUUGUCACUAUAAAUAUCAUAGAAGCCUACUAAAAUUCACAUGGAGGUCUCUUCCUUUUCACCUCUCAUUACUCUUCAGCCUCGACCUCGACCUCAUUUAUCCGGUCGACUGUCUCGGCAGAGAAAACCCCUCCGUAUUCAUGCAAGCCGAAACAACGAAGAAGAAGACUAUCAAAACAUAGUGGAUAAAAACAUGGUGACAUUGAGAAGAAGAAUAACAGAGGUGAAGGCAUUGGAUAGAACUGAGGAAUGUGUGGAGUUGGAGAAGGAUUACUGCUAUAAGUUAUAUGACUCUGAUGUUUGUGAGAUCCUAGGAUGGUUACAAGUUCAUAUGAUAAGCAGUGAGCCAAGCAUGGGUAUAGGCAUUACAUUAAUGUUACGUCUCAAUGUUCCAACCUCUGUGCUUGUUAUCAUGCUUCAUUUGAUGGAUGCUGCAAAGUGCAUUCUUGAUGCAGUGCAUGUUGACCAUUCAACUCUUAACCAAAUGGAAACCAGUACUUCCAUUAUUUGUUCCUCUGCUUCCCUUUUCAAUACUACAUUUCUCGGAAAGAAAAAUACUUAUUUUCUCAGAAAUACAAGAGUGUUUUGUUCUGGAAAGCAUAAUUUUGGUUCUGACUAUGGAGGUUGGCUAGUUGAUGAAAACAUGAUUGUGCUUCGUAAAAGAUUGCAUGAGAUGAAAAUGGCCGGAAAAAACUAUGAGCCGCCGUCUGAUUGGUCGGAGUGGGAGAAGAAGUACCAUAAGAGAUAUGAAAAAGGUGUUUAUGAGGUGGUAGGAUUGGUGCAAAACAUUUUAAUGAACACUAGGCCAAGUUUGGCAAUUGGGAUUGUGUUCAUGCUUUUGUUUAGUGUUCCCUCUUCAAUCACCAUUUUCAUGUUUUUUCUUUUUGAUGGAGGGAAGUCAUUGUUUUCUUGAUCUUUGAGUUUUUUAUUUGAAAAGAGGUUGUAUUGUUUUGUAUAUUAGGAUUUUAUUUAUUUGUUUAUUUA